AUUAGUAAACUCCCAAACACACCAUAGGGGUUCAUUCUUUAAUUUCGUUCUUCCUCCUUUUGCCGCUUUCCUUUUUCGUUAGGGUUAGGGUUUGAAUCGCCUGAGUACUCGAGAUCAAUGGAGAUUCUUGAUUCGCAUAUCCGUUCUCCACCGGAAAAGAAAUGGAAAGUCGACGACGAAUCCGAAGAAGAUCGCGUCAACGGAUCAUCAGAAUCAAAGAAUUCAGUGAUCACCACGGAAUCGUUCGAAUCAAGGGGAUCUGCAAUGUCCAAGGGAUCAUAUGGAUCGGAGGAAUCUGCGCUGUUGUCGGCAGGAGAUGGGCAGAAGGUACUACCCCAUCAUAUGACACCGCCCUUCAUUAAGGAGAUGGUCGGCGUCAAAGUCUAUUAUGCCGGCGAUGACAGGGAAUCCUCCGACGAUGACAUGGGCUUGGGCUGCUUCAGUGACGAUGCCGAUGACAAGGAAUCCUCCGACGAGGACAUGGGCUUGGGCUACUUCAGUGACAAUGCUUACCGGCGAGAGUCUAAAGAGACUGAUCAUGGAGAUGAGCAGAAGGGAGAUGAGCGGAAGGUAUUACCCCAUCAGAGGAUACCGCCCUUCCUUAAGGAGAUGGCUGGCAUCAGAGUCUAUUAUGCCGGCGAUGACAGGGAAUCCUCCGACGAUGACAUGGGCUUGGGCUGCUUCAGUGACGAUGCCGAUGACAAGGAAUCCUCCGACGAGGACAUGGGCUUGGGCUACUUCAGUGACAAUGCUUACCGGCAAGAGUCUAAAGAGACUGAUCAUGUAGAUGAGCAGAAGGGAGAUGAGUGGGAGGUAUUACCCCAUCAUGGGAUACCGCCCUUUGUUAAGGAGAAGGCCGGCUUCAAAGUCUAUUAUAGUGGCGAGGGCGAGGAAUCCUCUGAUGCAUACCUGCAGGAGAUUAAAGAGACUGACCUGCAGGAGAUUAAAGAGUCUGAUAAUGGAGAUGAGCAUAAGGUAUUACCCCAUCAUAGGAUAUCACCCUUCGUUGAGGAGAAGGUCGGCUUGAAAGUCUGUUUUGGUGGCAAGGAAUCCACUGAUGAAGAGGACAUUAGAUAUUCCAAUGAAGAUGCCGAGAAAUACCUGCAGCAGAUCAAACAGACUGGUGGAUAUGAAGUGGAUUACUUGCCGGGAAUCAGCCAGCAAGGAGGCAUCCAGCCUACUCAGAUGCCACUGCAACUCUGGGGGGUUGAGUUCUACACUGAAAUUGUCGAGCAUGCCAUGCGAGAAUAUGAUGCAAAGAAUAGUUGCGAGUGUGGGGGUCCUAUACGCUCUUACAUUACUUUUCAAGCGAAAGAUGGUGAUGAUGGUGAUGUCAAAACUUACCAAACUCGGGUGAGGAUCAUUCGUGGAGGAAAGGUCAUCGAAGAGGUUAGGUUGAAACUGGGAGAAAAGUGAAAGGUAUCCUACACAAACAUCCUAUGUCGGAGGUUGGUUUGAAUAGAGCCUUAACGACGAUAUCUUGGAGGUUGGAGGAAAUUAGAAUGAAGUCAUUUGCGCAUUCAAGACAAAGAUUCUAUAUUGUGCUUCAUCCCUGCUACCAAGAUCGAGCUUCACGGAGAUUUCUAAGCUUGGUAUAGUGUUUGUAGUUUAGGUGUGUGUGUGUUUAUACUUAAAGCUCAAAUAUUUCGCGGACACGUUAUUCUUUUUAUCAUUUUCAUUGUUUGUUUCACUUUGUUAAAGGAUUUUAGAAUAUCUUUGUGGAUAAGUUGUUUAAAAUGAUUUCAUUAGAAUCAUGUGUUUUAA